GUGAUCGUAACGUCAACGCGCAGGCGCCCGCCGAACUGACGCGCUCGGCUUCGGCGGGUUAGUGGUCGGGGUUUAGGUGAUCUCCCACCGCCGUGUUGUGGCGUUUGGGGUCUUUUUCUCCAGACUUCCUGGCCCUGCUCUGGGAUUUCACUAUGUACCACAACAGUAGCCAGAAGCGGCACUGGACUUUCGCCAGUGAGGAGCAGCUAGCACGACUGCGGGCGGACGCCAACCGUAAAUUCAAAUGCAAAGCGGUCGCCAACGGGAAGGUUCUUCCAAACGAUCCAGUCUUUCUUGAGCCUCACGAAGAAAUGAUGCUCUGCAAAUACUAUGAGAAGAGAUUAUUAGAAUUCUGUUCAGUGUUUAAGCCAGCAAUGCCACGGUCUGUUGUGGGUACAGCUUGUAUGUAUUUCAAGCGUUUUUAUCUUAAUAAUUCAGUAAUGGAAUAUCACCCCCGGAUUAUAAUGCUCACUUGUGCAUUUUUGGCCUGCAAAGUAGAUGAAUUCAAUGUAUCUAGUCCACAGUUUGUUGGAAAUCUGCGGGAGAGUCCUCUUGGACAGGAGAAGGCACUCGAACAGAUUUUGGAAUACGAACUACUUCUUAUACAACAACUGAAUUUCCACCUUAUUGUCCACAAUCCUUAUAGACCAUUUGAGGGCUUUCUCAUUGAUUUAAAGACUCGCUACCCCAUGAUGGAGAAUCCAGAGAUGUUGAGGAAAACAGCCGAUGACUUUCUUAAUAGAAUUGCAUUAACAGAUGCUUACCUUUUAUACACACCUUCCCAAAUUGCCCUGACUGCCAUUUUAUCUAGUGCAUCUCGAGCAGGAAUUACUAUGGAAAGUUAUUUAUCAGAAAGUCUGAUGUUGAAAGAGAACAGAACUUGCUUGUCACAGUUACUAGAUAUAAUGAAAAGUAUGAGAAACUUGGUAAAAAAAUAUGAACCACCCAGAUCUGAAGAAGUUGCUGUUCUGAAACAGAAGUUAGAGAGAUGUCACUCUGCUGAGCUUGCCCUUAACAUAAUUACGAAGAAGAGGAAAGGCUAUGAAGAUGAUGAUUAUGUCUCAAAGAAACCCAAACAUGAGGAGGUAUGUUGUCCAAAGGAAGAAUGGACUGACGAUGACCUGGUUGAUUCUCUCUAACCAUUUGAAAUUGACUUUUCAAUGCUAACUAAUCAACAGAAGGAUGAAACAUAUAUGGCAUUUAAGUUUAUUUAAAAAUGAAAUGACGUGAAAGCAUUAAAGAUAGUAAAUUUUCUAUUUUUGUUACUUAAAUUUUCUUCCCUUUCAGGAUAGCUUUAUGUGAAAUAAAACCUUUUCAAAGGGGCCAGAAUAGCACCUGGUUUAGAUAGUCUUGCCCCAUCAUGACUAAUAUCAAAUUAAUCUUUCUAUAGUAGUGAAAGCUGUAAUUUAUUUGCCUGUAUUGUUUAAAACAAAUUACAAUAUGCAAACCUAUUUUUUAAGGAAAAGCACAAAAGUUAAAAAAACCGAGUAGUCUGCUUUAAAUGUGCUAGGGAAUGUUUUUCAGUCUCUACAAGCCUUUAUAUAAAUGGUUUCUCAAAUGUCACUGUGAUCUACUUAGCUUUUUGUAGGUUACUACUGAACUACAAAAUGCGCUUCAGCUGUCAAGUGGUAGUCAGUAUUUGUUUUCCUCAGUUACCUGAAAACAUUACCAAAUAGGUUUCUAAAAGAGAAAUCAAGUAAAUAUGCAGUCUUUUAUUUUUUUUUUUAAUAUUUUUUUAAUGUUUAUUUUUGAACGAGAGACAGAGCAGGGGAGGGGCAGAAAGAGAGGGAGACACAGAAUCCAAGCUUUGAGCUGUCAGCACAGAGCCUGAUGCAGGGCUUGAACUUCAUGAACUGCAAGAUCGUGAUGCAAGCCGAAGUUGGGACGUGUAACCAAUUGGAAGCCACCCAGGCAUCCUGGUAAAUAUGCAGUCUUGAAUAGUUGUCUCGAUAAAAAUAUUAAGUUGCUAUUAACCAGUAGAUAGGUGUUACAGUUACUAAGAAUUUUUCAAAUUAAAGAUGUUUAAGAAGUUUAAUUCGAAUUGAAGGGAGUUGAUAUUAAAUGUAACUCCACAGACCUCUGUGCCAAUUUCCUAAGGUGCAAAUGGGGAAAAUAAUCACCUAUGUUUCCUAGGAUUAAUUGGAAUAGUGGUUGCCUAUAUUAAGUGUUAAUAAAUGUUGGAUAGAAAUAGUAUUCACGUAUUUAACUGUGAUUUUACUAUUCUGUUUUAUUCAUAAUUUGGAACCAAAUUAUGGAUGUCUGUUGAGUUUUUUCUGGAAUACUGGUUGAAGGAAUUCGGCAAAACUCAGCCCGUGAAUCUGAAUGUUAUGGAUACACAGCUUUUCUCAAUGUCUGUGCAUCCCAGGCUGCACCUUCCAUUUAGAGUAUAUUUUAAUUACAUCUCAGUAUUUGAGGACAGUAUUUACUAUAUGCAUAUUCUUCUAAUAAUUUUUUAUAUUUUAGGUUUUUUAUUUUUAGUUCCUUCUCACUUUAGAAUGAGGAAUGAAGUUCAUUAAGUGUGAUUUUAUAAAAGUCGAAUAGAAGAAGCUCAAGUUGACCAUUUUCCAGUGCAUUCCAAGUUAUGUAGCAGUGCUGCUAGCCUCUAGACAGCACUGCGGAGUGUUGGUAAUUUACCUUGUUUGUCUUUUAGGUCAGUAAGCUUUGGCAUCUGAGCAAGGUCCACAUUUAUAUCUGCAAAGUCUCCUACCCAGCCCCAUUUUAAAAGUUUUAGAGGCUUUAUUUCAUCAUUGACCCAACUAGUUACUGCAAGUUCCACCCUACAAAGGUAAAUGACGUUUCCUAUUCCAGCUUAAAAGAUAAACGUGGCAUUAAAAUGUGAUCAGUGGUGGAGAACUCGAUUGCCUAGUGCUAGAAUUUGGACCUCUUUGCUCCAUGUCCCUUCUGGUCUAUCCUUCAUCCUGUAACCCAAGUGGGAUACUCCCGUAAAGCAGGAGUGAUGGAAAAGUAAAGUAAUGAAAUUGACACCAAGAGAAAGGAGCACAGGGCUGUUGAACACCACUGCUCACCUGCCUCCACAGAAGGCUUUUCUGCCAUGUGCUACUUUUUGUGUGCCUUCCCCCUCCUACACCAUCGUAGGAGGGAAGGAAUUGUUACUUGUCUUUUUCUUACUAGGCCUUGCUCUGGUACUAAAUUUGAACUGCCCCUGAAGGAGAAAGAAAAUAAUGAAAUGCUUAGCUGGAUUUAGACAAUUAUUCAAGAUAUCCCUUGGUUUUAUUUUAACUUAACCCUUGUGAAUACUUCACAAAAAUACAUAUACAGAAGCAAAUAAAACUAUACAAACUAAAUAUGCAGCAGAUAGAACAAGUAGUCAGAAGUUCAAAGAUGGAGAACUGUUUAAAAACAUCAGUUUGGAAAUGAAUACUUUCAACAAAAGCAUUCCAGGUGUUUUUAAACACAAAAUAAAUUGGUAAUGUAUACAAUGGGUGAAUGGGGAACAUGCCUUGAUCAGUACAACGACCAAUAAUAUUUAUUGAAUUCAAACUAUUUACUGUUGUAAACAUGUAACGAAAGCAUCAUGAGAUCUAAAUACAGUCUUUGACAAUUCGAACAAAAUCUGUGGUAUGUUUAAAAAAUAAA